UUAUCCCAAGCUUCUCUUUCUCACAUUUAUCAUUUCUUGCAAGAUCUUGCGAACGGGAGGUACAAUCUAUCUUGGGGCAAAAGCGGUCUCAGAAAUGGCGGGAAAAAGCUUUGUGUUCGUUGUCAUCGAAAUCUUGGCCUGCUGCGCCUCCUUCUCAGCAGCGAAGUGCGAAGCGACCUGCCAGGGACACGUCGCAGGAGACAGCAUCCCAGAUCCUCUCAACUGCCACCAAUUCUACAUCUGCCUGGACACGCUGGAGCCAACCCCCGCCCCCUUUGCGUGCCCGGACGGCGAGGACUUCGACAGUGUAACGCUCUCCUGCAUGAGUCCUUCAGAUCCUAACUACGUCUGUGACAGGUCCUGCUUCGUGUGCGCAUAUGAGUGCGGUUCGAAGUCUCUGGUUUCGGAUCCCUGGGACUGCUCGAUGUUCUACGAGUGUACCGAGGGAGUCGCGGGGCAGGCCAUGAAGUGUUCCGACGAAAACCCCUUCUUCGAUGGCUACGUUUGCCAGAACGACGAGGACAAGUGCUGCAACUGCAUCGCCUACUGCAGCACAGGAGACCUGGGGAGAUACAUUCCCGAUCCACAGAACUGCCGCGGUUACUACCAGUGCCUGAACAAAGGACCUGCACAAGAAGCAUAUCACAAUUACUGCACUGCGGGCCACUUCGACUACCUGCACCAGAAGUGUAGCAUAACUUUCCCCUGUUUCGGCCUGUGCUAUUCCCACCCUCCCGAGGAGUGCAUUGAAACCUUCGUGUGCGAGUCCGAGGGCUUCUUCCCAAAGUGCCCAACGAUGUGCGACCCUUACUUCUACGAGUGCGCAGUCAACGACAUCGGGUUUGUGGUCGAGGCGAAGCAGUGCCCCGAUAACCUGCUGUUCGACCCCGUCACCUCCACCUGUGUUCACGACUACGAGUGUCAUACGAGUUUUAACACAUGAUUUCAACUCAUACUGUAUUUUUUCUUUAUUAUUUCAUCCAGAGGAUAAUGAUCCAAUAAAAUUUUCAUCGCGAA